UGUUGUUGCGUUUUUAUUUUUCGAAUUGUUUUCCUCAAAGUUUUCUCUGCGAAAUGCGAAUCAUCUGUGAUAAUUUUAUGUGGAAACGAUGAUUAUCUUUUGUUUAAAUUAACUAUUUUUUAUUAAUUUUAGGAUAAGUAGUUAAUUGCCACGAUGGAUAUUUUAGGUGAUUUCGAUGAUGCAGACAACGUGAGUGUUGACACAUUAGCAUUGGAAAAAAUAGUGUUGGAAGAAAGAUCACGAGAAAUAUCUGAAUUGAAGUCACUUAGCACUAAAGUGCACAACCUACAUACAAGCUUGUUAUACUACAGAAACACAAAAUCAAAGAUGGGGACUGUAUGUUAUGAAGCUUGGAAGACUUUGGUAAAGAAAGUGGGUGGAUCCCAGAAUGGAUGGCUUGACCUUGGUCAUUGUUUACAAAUUGCCGGGUCUGACUUAGAUUACAUUAAGAACUCAGUCAAAGAUGACCCAGUUGAUACUGUGCUAAAAGUGUACAUGCAGAAUGAAAAGGCAACUUUAGAUAAAAUUAUAGAUGCAUUUGUGACUCUCAACCGCUAUGACAUCCUGAAGAGUAUUGAAGAACCGUUUCUGAACUUAGCCCAGUGUUUCAAUAAAGAUGACAGUGGAUAUCAAAGUAAUGGCAAAACUAAUGGUUCCAAGGAAAUUAUAAGCUUAACAAAGAAUUUGCCCAAUGAUUUACCACUGGCAUUGAAUAAAAAUAUUGUGAUCAAAGAUAAAGAUCCUCAAAAACCGAACCAUCCCAAACCAAGGUCUCCACCAAAAAAGGCUGACAAGGAAAAUAAGAAUGACACUCCAAUAUUAUUUUUGACUUUUACGGAAGAUGGUCACCAGACAGCCCAGAAUAUUCAAGAUUAUGUAGAGGGUUGGACCGAUGUGGCACCAGUUACUGUUAUAACACUAAGUGACAAAAGAGAAGAAGUCUAUCAGAACCCAGAAAAAUUCAUAAGAGAAUAUUUUGAAAAGGCUGAUUUUGUUGUACCCAUCAUCACAUCAGGGUACCUGAAUGAAAUUCGAUCCUGUGACUCAAAUGGACCUAACACCACCGACAACUUAGACUACAAAUAUGUAAACUUUAUUUAUACUCUCAUUGUUAAUCAUUAUAUUCAUGCAACAGGUUGUCUAAAUAAAAAAGUAAGGACUGUAUUACCGCAACGAGUAGAUGUUGAUGUGUUCAGACACAUUAGCAUGUACCCUGAUCUGAUGCCUUGGACUCAUGAAUCUAAAUUCAAUGAACAGUUUAAGGCCUUCUUGAAAAAAGGCCAGACAUAACACUUUUUAUCAAAUUGAUUUUUAUGACAUUGUGGCCAUAUUUUAUACUUUUACACUUUCAAUUGAACUUGCCUUUUAGUAUUUAUGAAUAGUUAAUAGACUGAAUUAGUAUUGGUAAAACUAAAUGUUGUACUCACUUUCAUACACUGAAACUUCAAAAAUGUAAAGGUCAAUCAUGAAUAUAAUAGCACCUUGCAAUAAUAGCAUUUUUUAUACAAC